AUGACUGACUCACUUUAUCUGCCUCGCAUUCUAUGCCUUCACGGAGUUGGGUCCAACGCCGACAUCUUGAGUCUUCAAACCCGCGUUCUACGUGACCAGCUAUCGUCAAAGUUUCGAUUCGUCUUCGCAAAUGGUCCAUUUUUCUGUGAGCCAGGUCCAGGCGUCCUGCCAGCCUAUGGAGGAGCUGAGCCUUUCCGGCGCUGGCUACGGUGGUCUCCCUCCCACCGGGUGCUCAAGCCGAAGUAUCACAUCGAAGCCAUACGACAGUGUCUGGAGGAUAGCAUGAUGGAAGACGAUGAGGCGGGCGCCGAUGGGCCAUGGGUAGGUCUUCUCGGCUUCAGUCAGGGGGCACGGCUCAGUGCAUCGUUGCUCUUUGAGACGCAGCGACGCCAGGCCAUACGUGCCUCAGGCGGAACCAUAACCGGCUACGAAGGAACAGACGUGACGACGAAGCUUUGGAGUCAAGACUGGCAGUUUGGGAUUUUCUUCUCUGGCCCCGCACCGCUUGUUGCUCUUUCCCCUGACCUGGGCCAUCUUCCGCUGCAAAGUCCGACCGAGCUGGAUCUGUCGUACAAGGAACUCGAUCAGCUGGAUCCCUCUGGGAAAGUGUCGAUAAAGCGACCAACACUGCAUGUUAUUGGGGUAGAGGAUGAAUGGACGGAUUCGCAGAGGAGAUUAUACGAUGCAUACUGCCCCGAAGAGUCCAAGACAUUGCUGGAAUGGCAAGGCGAUCACCGCAUACCUAUUCAGGCGUCAGAAACCAAGCAGAUAUGCGACUGGAUCUUAGCCAGGGCGGGAGGAAAAUGA